CUUAGGAAAAAUUAACCCAAAGAGCAAAGCCCAACUGCCAAAAUAGCCCAAAAGAUGCAGAAGGAAGACAAGAAUAAAAACUCAACUGCCCAACCUUGAUGCUGCAGUGCAUCACUGUCUGAAAAUGCAUACUUCUAUCCCUCCUCGGCCCCCACCACAUUCUCAAUAAUUAUGACAUCUUCUCCCCUUCCACCAUGAAAUAAGUAGGAAACAGGCACAUACUUCAACAGUUUCCUUUCUGUUCUGCUUUCAAAAAGUUCACAACAUCAAGACCCCUCAAGAACACCACUUUUUCAAUUUUUGUGCUGUUUUUUUGCCGCCUCCACUCAUUGAAAAGUGAGGGAAAGAAUUGUGCUUUUGGACUUGAUCUUCACUUUCCCCAGCUAUUCUCUCUCUCUCUCUCUCUCAUGUCACAGAUGAGGAAAUCUCAUGCUUGAACUAUGAAAUCUACAGAAACCAUUUGUUAUUCCGGAAAUAUCAAUGGAAGAGAUUGACACUUUCUUGUCUCAGCUUCUUUUCCAUUUGCAAAGAAGCAAGAGAUCUUUCUAUGCUUUGAUUUCUCUUCUUUUGCUAUGUCUAAUUGCUUAUAAUAGUGCCACUAUAUUCUGUACACACGUCCCAAUUUCAGCAGAAGUUCCGCCGGGACCGUCCAGUUUCUCACCGGAAAAUGUCUCGGGAGAUUCAAGAAAGUUCUUUUCAGUCAAUUCUUCAGCCAAACUGUCAUCUGCUGCGCUGUUUUCGGUGAAAGGAGAAAGCUCAAGUGCAAAAUUGAAAACCCAUUUGCCCCUUUUGCAUAAAAAUCGAAACUUGGUGGUUAGAACUACUGUGCAUCACUCAAAGAGAAGGGACAGGAGUGCUAAAGUGAAGCAGUUUGAAGAUAGAGUGAUGGAGUUCUUCAAUCCCAAUUCAUCAGAUUGGUCUUGUAAGUUUCGAUUUUUCAUGACUUGGAUUUCUUCAGCUGAGUCUUUCGGAGAUAGAGAGUUGUUUGCUAUGAACAGUUUGUUUAAAGUACAUCCAAGAGGCUGCUUAAUCGUAGCGUCAAAUUCACUGGAUUCAAGAAGUGGGAUGCAAAUCUUGAGACCCUUCUUGGAAAAGGGGUUGAAAGUGACUGCAAUUUCUCCUGACUUCAAUUAUUUGUUCAAGAACACUCCUGCUCAGGCUUGGUACAACCAGUUAAUGCAAGGAAAUGUAAAUCCUGGGGAGGUCCCUUUAGGCCAGAACCUCUCAAAUUUACUCAGAUUGGGUUUGCUGUACAGGUUUGGUGGGAUUUAUUUAGACACAGAUAUCAUAGUUUUGAAGAGUUUUGGGGGGCUCAAGAAUGCAAUUGGAGCUCAAACUGUUGAUCUUGAUACAGGAAAAUGGAGCAGAUUAAAUAAUGCUGUGAUGAUCUUUGAUGAGGGUCAUCCGCUGCUUUACAAGUUCAUUCAAGAAUUCGCGCUUACGUUCGAUGGGAACAAAUGGGGUCAUAAUGGACCUUACUUGGUUUCAAGAGUUGUUUCCAGGGUGACUGGAAGGCCUGGCUACAAUUUCACGGUCUUGCCGCCUAUGGCGUUUUAUCCGGUGGAUUGGAGCAAGAUUGGAAGUCUUUUUCAGGGACCUCAGAAUUUGAAUCACUCAAAAUGGUUGCUUGCAAAACUCAGACAAAUCCGCAGCCUGAGUUUUGCUGUGCAUCUCUGGAAUAAGCAGAGUAGAGGAUUUGAGGUUCAAAAAGGAAGCGUUAUCCAACAUAUAAUGUUCAGUUCUGGUGCCUCGUACAAUUCUUCUACUGUCAGUACAGAAUGAGGGCUUCAAAGGUUGCAAAUAAUCUUUUCAUAGAUUUUAUUACAAUCUUGUUGUGUGCUUGUCUGCUGGACCAACUCGAUCCAUUAGACAAGUCAUAGAAAGUCUGAGAACAAAUGCUUCCGUUUCUUCACAAGUAUUAGGACAAUUAGAGUCAUACAUAGGUUCUUGUUCUCUUAUUAUCUGCAGUUGAAAUGCAAAUUGCAGAAAAAGUAAAUUUGUUUGAGUUUGAGUUUCUAUGAUCAUCUUUGGAUCCAAA